GUUCUUAUCAAGUUAUUCACUUGUCUUAACAACUCUUCUUCAUGUUCCCCUUCUUUUCUUAUUCCUCGUUUCCUGCCAAACUUGUUUUUACUAAUUUUUACUACCAUGCCUCUCCACCAUGAAAUUGAAAAUAAUCCUUACUUCAUUACACCACAACAGCACAAUGAAGGCCAACAUCCCCAUACACUGCCUACUCCGGCGGGGACUCCACCUAGUCCAGCGCUGCUAUCACCACCACCUCAGCGUUGGGAGCGGCAGGACCAGCCACAAAGCCGACGUGUUCCAAAACCUCAACGACAACGCUCCAAGCCACAGCCACAGGAACAGGUUGAUGUCCAAAAUAAACGGAAGCCACCAGCUCCGCAUCCCCAAUCCAAUCCACAUGAUCAACAGCCUGAUGGUGAAUACCGUAGUCCAUGGAUGUUUCCACAUCGUCCAGAUGAAGACAACCGCAGUCAUGAUCCACAGCGUGAUGGCAAAUAUCGUAGUCCGUGGAUUCAACCAUCAUCCCAUAAUCCAGAUGAAGACAUCAAGAUGAGUCCACAGCAGACUCGUCCGCAACAUCAAGAUCAGCAUCCCAAGAAGCUGAAAAGUGCCAGGGUGACAGAACCAAAGGAUCAAGACCACUAUCCCCUGCAUCCCAUUCCCAGUGAUAGCCUCCCACCAGCACAGCAACAAGACCGCUCUCGUCCCCCUCGUGGUUUGAGAGCUCCAGCGCCCCAGCAAACCAGGCCAAUCACGUGGUUAGGAGCAGCCUUGUGCGCCAUUUUCUGGAUUGUAGUAUUCCUAGGAGGCCUAAUUGUUCUCAUUGUGUAUCUAGUCUAUCGCCCACGUAGCCCUCGGUUCGAAGUGUCUAGUGUCACCUUGAAUGCAGCCUAUAUCGAUGCAGGUUCUCUGCUCAAUGCUGAUAUUAGCGUGCUUGCAAACUUCACCAAUCCAAACAAAAAGCUUGAUUUGGGGUUCAGUCGCAUGAUCAUUGAUCUAUACUACGGGAAUACUCUCAUUGCUACCCAAUAUAUCGAUUCUUUCUUAGCACCAAAGGCUGAGUCCAGGUUUGCCAAUGUUCAUAUGUUGACGAGCCAGGUUCGGCUUCCCUUAGGAGACAGCGCACAGCUUCAGGAUGAGAUCAAUAGAAAUGCAAUCAUAUUUAACGUUAAAGCAGUGUUUCGGGUGAGAUCUAAGCUGGGGAGUUUACUUACAUACUCGUAUCGGCUUUAUGGUCAUUGCACCAUCAUGGUGACAGCUCCUCCUACUGGCGUCCUGAGAGUAACCAGAUGCAAAACAAAACGUUGAGUUGAAUGGUCUCCUAAUUUAUAGUAAGCAUUGAUUUUGCACAUUGUCAAGAAUGAUUCUUUCUUCUUGCUUAGUAGCAUCAAUUUCCGUUUUUUGAGUCUGAUUACAAUGGUUUAAGGAAUCGCACCUUCUCUGAUUUAGACUAUAUCAAUCCCAUAUUCAUUACAUUUUGCAUACUCCUUUUUCUCUCGAGAGAAUACUUUCAAUGAACUCAAAAUGCAUGACAAUCGUCUGCAAGUUUCAAAGCAUGUGGUAGAAAAUGGAAAGUAUUUUGUAUGUAUACCUUGUUGAUUAAUAACCAAUAAUUGGAGAGUUUUCCUUGCUGA